AUGAAAGGAUGGGAAUCUGAUUUUGCUUUCUAUCUCCUGCAAAUCAUGGCAUUGUUCAGCAUCUUGAAUUAUCUUGGUUUGCUUGUCUGUAAUAUACACUCAAUAGCUUUGUUUCAAAGCUCUUUUCUAAUUCGGAUAACCGGCUCCAACUAUCAAGGCAGUUUCCUUGCAUAUGUUGCGACAAAUGUCUGCCUUACUGCACAUCGUUUAUUUUACACCUUGCUCCCAUUACAAGCACGAUUCAUUCUCAAGAAAAGUAUACUAAAGGCAUGUAUCCUCUCCAUGAUUGCAUUCUACAUCGCGUAUGUGUGUUUCACAUUAACUCCAUUGGCCUCAGUUGUAUACUGUCCUGCGCAGAUAUUCUUUUAUUUUGAGCGAAGGCGUUUUCUCGGAUUCAUCCAAGUAAUGAAUCAAGUGUCCAAUUUUGUCGUCGGGGUUGUUAACGUUUCUGCCUAUACUGUCAUGUUCGGUACACUGUUCUUGAAAGGAACACUUACGUUUACACACAACAACGAAAUUCGGAUGACAUUGCAGGCUGCGGUAGUAUCAUUCUUUGAACUACUCUUUUUCCUCUACUGGGAGUACGGUCCGUCAUCAGGACUUUCCGAAUUCUGGCAACGAGUUUGCGACGGCUAUUCUAUUCUUCUUUAUUUCGACGUGCUUAUCUUACCUUAUAUGAUCUCGAACAAGAGUGUAAAGUCAGAACUGAACAAGAUCUUCUCUCGCAAAAGGAGAGACUCCACGGCUAAAACCUGGUCACACCCCAGGAUGCCGCUGUAA